GUUUAUAGAGCGCGUUAUUUUCAAGAUUCUGAUUUGCUCUCGGCUGAGGUUCGGGGUAAUUGUUCAUGGGGAUGGCGCAGUGUUCUUUUUGGUCGGGAUCUGCUUCGUCGUGGUCUCCGUUGUCAAGUUGGGACGGGAGAAGACAUUCAUGCUUUUACAGAAGCUUGGCUGCCUACUACGCCUCCUUCUAUUCCAAGUCCAAGGCAAGGAUUCCGGAUCGGGUGGUCUGGCAUUAUGAAUCUUCGGGAGAAUUUUCAGUAAAAUCAGCGUAUCAUCUGGCUUUUUCCUUACAGCAACCAGUGCAGAAGAAACAUGGCGUUUCGUUCUUGGAUCAGGGGCUCUGGAAGUGGGUUUGGACAAGGUCUCUCCCGCCGAAGUUACUGUUCUUCCUAUGGCAGUGUUUACUUCGCAUUUUACCAACUAGGGAAGCGCUUGCAGCUCGUGGGGUUGAUUUAAUUCCUAUUUGCCCUGUCUGUGGUCGGAAAGAGGAGACCAUUGAACAUUUGUUCUUCCAAUGUGUUGUGGCUAGAAGACUUUGGACACUGAUUGGUAUGCGACAACAUCUUCUCGUUUGGGAGAAGCGAUCAUUUGUUGGGUUUGUUCGCCAUUCUUUACGGCCAGCAACAGGGGAGGAUCCUGAUUAUUUUACGUUGCAGAUUGUUUGCCUCCUUUGGCGGUUAUGGAAGAAUCGUUGUUCAACUCAUUUUGAGCAUAAGCAACUUCUUCUUCCUACCCUUGCAGCACAGUGGCAACAUCAAGUUAAAGAGGUGGACAUGGCAAUUCUUCAACCACGUAGAGCUGCUUCUGCAAUUCCAUUUUCUUCUUCUUCUGCAGGUCCUCGUUCACGGUGUCAUGCUAUGUUUGAUGCUGCUGUGAAAACAGGUUCAGCAGGGGUGGCUGCUUUUGUUCUGUUUGACGAUUCUGGCGGGUUGCAAGUGGCAAAGGCACAACAUUAUGCUGGGAUUGAGGAUCCUUAUAUUUUGGAAUCUUUGGCUUUGCGUGACUGUCUGCAGGAGUGUGUGCGCCGCCAGCUCCGUAAUGUGGUUGUUGGAGGUGAUGCUAAGGUCGUUAUUGAUAAAUGUCGUCACAGAGACACUUCGGAUGGCAAGAUCGGUGCGAUACUGCAGGAGAUUCUCUCCCUUCUAGGAGAUCUUGGCAACUCGCAAGUGCUUUUCAUAGGUCGUAACUUCAACAGAGUGGCUCAUUCCGUGGCCCGUCGUGCUCUGAGUUUAUCACCUUCCUUUCAAAGGGGGUUUGAUUAUGUAGCCUGGUAUAAUAGUAGAUAGUUUGGUUGUAAACUUGG